CUGUACAAAUCGACGACAGGAAAGAGGUCCCUGUUGUAAAUAUGGACGAAGAAUCUACAAAUGAUUCAUCGGAUUCUGAUGAUGGCAUAAACAUUAACGAUUUAGAUAUAGGACCAUCAGACAUAGACGUCUCUAGUUAUUACAGAGAUUGGAAUAUAACAACGGAUCAAGACGAGCUAGUAAAUGUCGCCGAACAUGAAAUCAAGCUCCGAGGAUAUCAAAUGAAACUGGCAAAGCAAGGAUGUGAGGGAGAUAAUGUUAUAAUCAUGGCUCCAACAAAUUCCGGCAAAACAAAAGUGGCAUGCAAGAUUGUUCAUACAGUGUUAAGAAAUUGCGAAGGGCAAGGAAAGGAGGGUAAAGCCGCCUUCAUUGUAGAAAGAGAAGAUCUAGCUAUUCAGCAAGGGAAAGUAUUUUGUGAAGAGCUGCCUGGUUAUCGUACCAAAGUUGUUACAGGUGAUGUCCAACAAAGCAGAGAUCAGUACCUUAAAGAUUUUAUAUCUAGGUAAGUUUAUGGCACAUCACAAUAUCACAUUUAUAUGGCCAUCUAUAAGUUUUUUUAAUGUCUUUGUGUGACCAGAAUCUGACUUGCUCUUAAUCAUUUAAACUUUUUUUUAAAUAAAAGUUUGUCUUUUGCCUUCCA